UCGGUUCGGAUAGUUUCAGAUUUGGUUCGGUUCAGAUAGUAAAAUUAAAAACCGAAAAAUACUCGAAAAAUUUGGUUCUCAUUUAGAUCUGAUUUGGAUUCGGAUAAUUUGGAUAAAAUAUCAAAUAAUUAAAAUGAUUUAGAUAAUAAUUUUGGAUAUUUCGAAUAAAACUAUCCAGAUAGUUUCGCGUAGUUUGAAUACUUUAUAAUAAUUUAGUUAUUUUCGACCAUUUUCAUAUAUUUUUUUAAUUAAAUAUAUAUAUUUAGUUAUGUUAUAUGUAUAUAUAAUUAAUAUUUUUAUAUAUUCGGGUAUCCGUUCGGUUUAAUUGUUUCAAAUAUAAAAAAUUUAGAAACCGUUCCGGUAUUUGAGAGUAUUAGUUUGGUUUCAGUUUCGGAUAUUUCGGUUCGGUUCCAGUUCUGUUCUACCGGUUAUUUUACCAUGCCUAAAUCGGACCACACCACAUUGGUUUGGGAGGCCUCUUGUGUACACGUAGCAUCACUCUAUGCACGUGUUACAUGCAUGAUCUUCGAGCUGAUGUAUCAUGUAUAAGCUUUAAAAUAUAAGUUUUGUGUUGAUUCAUUGUUCUUACACAAUUUCAAACCAAAGCGAAUGCAUAUAAUGGAUCAAUUAGUGCUCUCAUGGAGCAUCAACCCUCCUCUAAUAUCAACAUCACGUGCUCAGCUCAUGACCACGCUCAAUAAGCCUUACGUCUUGUCUUUUUCGCCGUCGUUGAGAUUAGGCAAUAGAAAGGUGUUUGCAACGGCGUCUAGAAGGGUGAAACUGAUUGAUCCGGAGGGAGAGGAGAAGGAGAUCGAAGUAAACAAAGAUAGUUGCAUACUUGAAUCAGCGGAGUACGCGGGGAUGGAACUGCCAUACUCUUGUAGGUCAGGGACGUGUGGGACUUGUUGCGGAAAGAUAGUGUCCGGGAAAGUGGAUCAGUCGCUAGGUUCUUUCCUUGAAGAAGAGCAGAUUCAGAAGGGUUACGUCCUCACGUGCAUCGCACAACCACUCGAGGACUGUGUCGUCUACACCCACAAGCAAUCCGAUCUUUCCUGAGUCGCACACUUUGGCAUAUUGGUCCUCAAUAUAAAGGCCCGUUUGCUAAAGCCCACAAAGAAAUGGAAUAAUAUGGGCCCAGUUGCACAUAUGGAUGAAUACCGUUGGACUUUUAUUUAAGUAUCUUCUGUGUGGGACUGUGGUUCAUCUAAUAUUUUUAGGUAGGCUUACAUUUUCAUCUUCAUUUUGAGAAGGAUUUUCAAACAUAAAUAACAAAAAUAAAUAGAAUAUUGAUAAAACAAACAAAAAUCGUUAAAGACAAUGUAAAAUUAUAUGGUUGGAAAUUAAAUUAUCAUUUUCUAGAAUAAAUUAUAUGUACAUAUGAGUUGUUCACAAACAAACAAAAAAGAAAAAAAUAUAGAGAUGAAAAUAAUAUUAGAGAAAUGUAAAUAAAUCUG